CGUUUUUUAAACAUAAAUUCAAUAGCUAGUCAUGUUGCGCUCAUUUGUUCAAACCGCCAGUCAAAAUAAGCGCUUCUACUCUACACCUGCUUAUAACAUUGUACGAACUGUCAACAAGGGUCUUCCUGUCUAUUCUGAAUAUAAGAAUGGCGGAACCCGUCUUUUGACUGUUGUACGUAGAAUCGAAGGUGAUUCUAAUGCCUUGAUGGCCGAUCUUAGUGCUGAUUUCCCCGAAGCCGUUGUUCGCAUCAACCAAAAAACUCAACAUGUUAUCGUCAAGGGCAAUCACGUCAAUGAGCUCAAGGAAUGGUUGAUCUCUAAAGGCUUCUAAUCGCAAAAAGGUGUUUGAUUUAUCUCGUGCUUCAAUUGGAAAAUAUUUAUUGAAAGAAAAGUCUUUACCCUUUCGCUCCUUCUUUUCGCAUACAUAUCAAUUCCUUUUGAUUAACGGUAGACUUCGAAAUGUAAAUAGAUAUUAUUAAUAAAGAAAAAAUAUUGAUUUUUAGAAUUUCAAAAA